GCGUACGCUGUCAGAGUGUCGAGUGAGAAUUGACGCAAGAAUGUCAAGUGUCAGUGUGGUGAGGUUGAUACUGUUAGAGAACAAUUGAUCCAUUACCCAUCGAUUAUUUAUCAUUCAGCGCAUGUAGCAGCUGUCACGUCCACGCUUGCACGUACCUGAGGCUCAUCGCAAUGAUAAAAACAACAUCAUCAUCAAGACAGUCCAAAAAAUCGUAACCAAUAUUCCGGGAAUUAAUAAACACCAUGGCACAACUCCAAUCCUCCACCGAUGAUCUCCCAAAGAGUUUCUUAUCAGCAAUGAGAACACUCUUCCGAAUAAUGGAUGACCAGAAUUCGGGUUACGUCAAGUACUCGGACAUUGAGGAGCGUUGGCAGGACGAUGGUACCCAGGGUUUGCCAAGGGGUGUCCUCGAGAGUUUGAAGAAGAUAACACCACCCAACGGUCUGCUGUCCUUCGACAGAUUCUGCGCUGGACUGAAGAUGUGCCUUUUGCAAAUAAAAAAUGAGAGCGAUAUGAAGGAGAAACCCCGGGAGAGUGUCCAGCCAAACAGGCCCCCAUCAGCUCCAUUUUUGACAGGAGAUGGCCAAACCAAGACCACCUGGACAUCCCCCAAUACAGCUGCCAUACGUCCCAACAACGCCAAUGCCAUUUCACAGCAGAGAACACUGAGCAUGCCUCAAUUAAUCCCAGGGAAAAAAGAACCGCCUAAUAAUUCUUAUCAUUAUCACAAUCAUCAUCACCAUUACGGAGCCAACGAUAAUCCAACGAAUAGCAAUCAAAUUCCAUUAGAGAGUAUCGAUGCUAGGAGCAAUCAGGAGGUGAAAGUGAUAAAGCCAUUUGGACCACCUAAACCCCCAAGGACUGGAGCUGCCAAUUUCGAUAAAUCAGAAAUCAGAACUGCUCUUCAGAAUUGGCAGAUGGGACUGAUGAUGAGUGAUGGUGACAAGUGCAUUGAUAAACCUAGACAAAUGGUGCCAAAUGCUAGUAAUUAUGCUGUAGAUUCUAGGAGCUUGAGCUCGUUGAGGCCUCAGAGGAUUCUUGGAGAUGGAAAGGCUGGAGAGAUAUUGAAUAAUGAGAUUGGCAUUCCUUUGAAAAAAAAUACAGUACGCAGGAGAGAGCCUAGGAGACACACUCUGCAGAAUGGCAUCGAUUAUAAUUUGGUGAAGAGAAUGAAACAAAUCGAACAAGAGAGAGAUGUUCUCCUGCAAGGUCUUGCAGCAGUCGACAAGGCGAGGGAGUGGUAUUUGAAGCAGAUUUCAGUGACUCAGGAGAAAAUCAGGCACCUAGGAAACAUGGGAUCCCACGUGGAGCAGUGGACAGAGGCCCAGCAGGAGCGCCUGGAGUUGCAGAGAGCUCGUGUUCUGGAAGUAAAUCGACACUUGGCAGCUCUGAUAACGAGUUGGGAACGUGGUGGACUGCCAAUGCACAUGAACCUCGCCUUCCUCAGCACUCCAAGCUCAACCCAAUUAAGUCAAGACAUGAUGGCACGCUUGAAGCAGCAGAAUCGUAGAUUAACCGAAGAAGUGAGUAAGAAGGGGCACAAAAUAGUUCUCCUCGAGCAGGAGAAGGAGAAUUUAAUGCGGGAGUUGUACAGUCGUCAAUCAGGAUUGAUUCAGUCUCGUCGAUCGACGAUGAUCCACGAGCAGCACGAUCAGACGUUCAUGUAAGAAUCUAGGAAGCCAUGACAAAUGACUCAUCCAGAUUAUUCCACAACAAUUAGCAUUCCAAGUAAUCGACUGGUAAGACACAGGGUAAAAUCGGUUAUUAUAAGUCCUCUGGCUUUAUAAUCCGUCCAAUAACUCAUUAAAUAUUGUAACUAAAUCAUUUUUACUGUCUUCGUUGAUUAUAAAUUAUUGAACUAAUAAAGAGAGUGUAAAAUGCAGAAUAGAAUUAUUUUCGAAUGUGGAUUACAAGAAAUAGUGGUACAUUAUCGCGGCUCGUGUUUCGUUAGCUGAAUUAAUUUGUUAUCAACUGGCCAUGCCGUUGGUUUCAUUACUUAGUAUUUCUCCAUUAUCACCCGAGAAGGGAAAAACGUUAGAAAUGUAUGGACACACAUAGAUACCCCGUCUUCUCUCAUAUCUACUGUGACCAGUUCAACUCUGAUAAGAUCCAACUUCCUCUGUCCCCACGCGUUCAGAAAUCGUUUCACCAUGUACUCGUGGUAUCAAUUUUAAACAAUGUCCCCUUCACGUCUCCUCCCCCUCCCCCGAUGGUCAAAUAAAUUUGAAAAACGAGAAAUCCAAUUUUCUCGACAUCUCAGAGACAAAAAAUGAAUAAAAUAAGAGAGUCUGGAGUUGAUUUAAAAUACCACGACAGGAAGAAAGAGAAAAAAAAAAAGAGGCGGAGCCGCAAGUGCAAUGGCUUGAAGCCCCGCGCACAUGC